GAUGCACAUGCCUUAUUUUUACUUUGGAACUGAAGAUGAUGACGAUAAGAUUUCUCGUGAAAGGGAUGAUGAGAGUCCAAAUUUGGAAAUGCAUUGCCUCGUUUCUGAAACAGGAACAUUCGACGAAUACGCACUUGAUAACGGAAUGAGAUUUGGAAAACAAGGAGUAUGCGAGACGCGAGAUAUGACGAAUAGGCGAAGUCCUUCGGUGCCAAAACUCGAGC